AUGUUCAAUAAAAGUAUGGUAUCCCUAGUAUCAAGGGGAAAGCUGAGCGCAGUUGCUAUUGGCUGUGGCGCGAAAGGCGGGGCGCCGGCUCCUCCUAACAGACUCCUAGAUCAAGAAGAGAUGACAUCUCCUAUAAGUAGGCGAAAAAAGUCAUUCACACCUUUGGUGCGCGCUAACAUGACAAAUGCUGCGAUCAGCGGCGAGCCACAAAGGCGGGCGGCGCGCAACCGCCGCGGGGCGCCGCCGGGCCUAAAUAUUAAUUAUCCA